GAAUUACCAUUGCGGUGUUCGUUCGAAUCAUACAUCUUGACAUUGCAUUGCUGCCAACUCUCUAGACGUCGACUCUGGCUGAAAAUGUCCGGGGCCGAUUGAAAGGGCCAGAAUGAGGCAGAUGCAUUACAUGCAUAUGAAUUAGAUUCACCCAUGUUGCUAUUCUCCCUAGCUUCAGUAUCGUUUGCAUAAGCAGAGCUAGCUGAUUCUAUAUAUUCCCUUCACUGAGCUGGUGGUCUUUGUCCUUCUUCCCAACCCCCUUCGGACUCCCAAGACGCACUGCUAGCACGUCCUACAUGAUGAAUGGCCCUGUGAAUGAAAAUGGUGUAGAAGCACAUGGGCCGCUAGCACGCACAGGUCGGACCCUUAUACUUUGUUUUGACGGGACGAAUGAUCGUUAUGAUUCCGAGAACUCGAAUGUCGUCAAGCUAUUCUCGUUUCUUGCAAAGGGUGAUCCGAAUCAGCUAGUGUACUACCAGGCUGGUGUUGGAACAUACAACUUGGGUCCUCAAUUUAUUUCGAGUAUAGCUCGAUGGAUCGCGAGCACUGUCGAUCUUGCUGUUGCUUUCUCCCUCGGUGAACAUGUUAACGGCGGAUAUAAAUUCCUACAGGAUCACUACCAGGAUGGGGAUCGAAUCUGUUUAUUUGGGUUCUCGAGAGGCGCGUAUACGGCUCGAGCCCUUGCGGGGAUGCUAUACACUGUCGGGCUGCUCCCACCCGGCAUGUCCGAAGAAGUCCAUUUUUCCUAUGAGAUUUAUAAGAAUCAGACGGCAAGCGCGUCGUACAAGCGUGAUUUCUCACGUCCUGUCAAGAUUGAAUUUAUCGGGGUUUGGGAUACCGUGUCGUCCGUCGGAGCACUCAUCCCUCGUAUCCUUCCCUUCUCCAACGAUAACCACAUCACGAGGACUUUUAGACACGCUAUGAGCCUGGAUGAACAUCGCGCCGCCUUUCAGUGUAAUCCUUGGCAAAGGACUGUGGAUGGCCAACAGGGAAGUAGUGGGCCUCGCGUAGGAAUUUUAAGGACAAGCUUGUCGAUUCUAUGGAAGAGUCUGGUGUUCUCGAACUGGAGAAAGAAUUGGAGGGAAGGGGACCUGGAGAGCGGUGAGGGGCCUACUAACCCUGAACCACCUACGCAUGUGAAGGAAGUGUGGUUUGCUGGUUGUCAUUCAGACGUAGGUGGUGGGAGUGUCGCAAAUGACUCCAAAGUAGCACUCUCUAACAUUCCACUGAGGUGGAUGAUCAAAGAGAUCCUCGAGGCUGACACUGGCAUUAUCUUCAAUGACGAUCCACGUCUCGCUGAGCUUGGAAUUGUUCUGAAUCCACCUCCGAUCGUCACGGCGAAUAUCGCUGAAAGCACCAGCCAUGUAGACGAAAUGACACCCUUGCGUCCACGCAUGGAUGUUCACACUGCAACUCAAUACACGACUCCCGAUUCCACGCUUGAAUUUGUGCUGGCAAACAAGGAAAAUCUCACAGCUACGCGCGAGACCUUGCCCAAAGAUGCGGAUGCAAGGCUGGAACUCGAGGAUCUGCCGUCGAGGCAUUUACCCGAUGAUAUUCAUGAAGAAGACGUGAUCGCUCCUUUGCAUGACCAGCUGCGGGCGGAGCCGGGUUGGUGGAUAUUGGAGUUUCUUCCAUUCUUGCGCUCGAAGCAGAUGGCUGACGGGGAGUGGGUUAGCUACCCAAGGUUCGUUCGUUUUGAGGUGGGCUCAAAACCGGUUGAGACACUGAUCCGGAAAAAAAAACCGUAUGGGCAUCUAGGAUCAACCUCUUUAGAGGCCGCGAAAUCCCUCCUCCACCAGCUGAGGGCUCUCCUAAUUCGUCUUCUCAGCCAGGUGAUCAUCGCGGCGUGAACAUUUCCCCUUCUUGUACGCUCUUUCAUGUUUCGGUUCAAGCUAGGAUGAAUGCUCCUGCGACGGAAGUGUGUGGACAGCGAUCCUGGAGGACGCUUUGGUUGAAGAAGGAACCUUAUGCGCCUAGGGCGAAGUUACAUGGCCCCGUGAAGUUUGUGCGGUAGACGCGUUGAUGGCAGAUACUAACGUGUAUGUCUUGGCGAUGACUUUUCCGUCGUAAGAUUCAAUUUUUUUAAAAAUCUUUUCGUCAUUCUUUAGUUCCGGACCGCGUCUCUUCUGGUGUCGUUCAAUUGUUCGUGUUCUUUAUUCGUUCCAAUUGGAAAAAACAGAUGCGAAUGGCGCGUUCGAUCACAUAGGAAAACUUCUACCGACGUGAAAGCGCCGUCCGCCGGAAUGGCCCUCUGGCAGAGAUUUAGGCCAUUUUUUACGUUUCGUUCGAUCACCCGUUCAGAUCGAGUCCAUCGCGCUUU